GUGGAUACAAUGUGCCUUUAACAGUCUUGGCGAGUAGCUGGUGUGGUUGUUCUACAGCAUCGCACGUUAACAAAGUCACCUGAUUUCGAAAUGGGUGAACAGUCAACCAUCGAUUUGGACAACCGAGAUCCCAACAACAUCAACGACCAUUUGAAGGUCCAGUUUGAGGAUGUCUUGGCGGAGCCCGAAGGUGCCCACAGCAUUGACUGCUGCUGGAAGUUUACCAACACUUGCUUCAACUGCGCCUUCAAAUGCUGCUACAUGUUGAUGACCCUGUGUGGACCUAUCUACGGUCUCUGCUAUGGUUGGCAGUACGCGAUGCUUGCUUGUUCGCACAUUUGGCAGUACACACCACAGAUCAGAGCUUGCGAAAUCAACUGUGUCAUGCUGAGGAAAAUAUACACCAUCUGCCUCAGCUGCUGCCUGACGCCAUUCUGCGAAUCAUGCGGUGGCUUCUUCAGCAGGAUUCAAGUCAAACAGUAACACAGAAACUAUAUUGAACUGUCAUGCCAUUCUUACACAAAGUAAAGUAUUAUGUAAGUCUAAUCCGGAUGGUUUUAGCUCACCAUGCAAUAAGUAUUCGGAGCACAGUCAACUAUUGGCCCUGUUGGUGGAUCAGGAAGGAAUGCUAAACACUGAUGUUUUCACAUGAAGUCUUCAAGCCUUACAGUGAUGUAUUUCUUAGAAACGUGAACAACAUUUAUUCAACUGUCUAAACCAUUAUGAAAAAGUUAUUCCCAUACAAAGUCGCGUGUUUAUACAUAUAUUUCACUUGAUGAA